AUGGCUGACCUUCACUCUGCUGCCCGAGUGGAUACUCCUCUUGAGGUAAAUGUUAAAUACCAUCGUGACGAAGGUGAUAUCUUGCCUGAUCCUUUGAAGUAUCACCAAUUGGUGGGUAGUCUCAACUAUUUGACUAUUACACAUCCAAAUAUUUCUUUUGCGGUACAACAAGUUAGUCAAUUCAUGCGCACUCCUCGCCACAUUCACUUGACUGUUGUUCGUCAUAUUAUCUGUUACUUGAAAGGUACCUCUAAUCGAGGCUCAUUUUUCCCUUCCAAAUCAUCCCUUAAUUUAUUGGCCUAUAGUGAUGCGGAUUGGGCGAGUUGUCCAGACACUAGGAGGUAUGUUUCUGUUUGGUACAUGUUUCUUGGUUCUGCUUUGAUUUCUUGGAAGAGUAAAAAGCAAGCUCAAGUAUCCAAGUCAUCCACUGAUCGGCAAGUCAUCUACCAUAUUUGGAUCCAUACCUAG